AUGCAAACAACUGUCAAGACCCAUCAACUGAUUCACGCCGGUUGGAUGAUCGAAAGAGAGACUAGUACAGAAGGCCCGAAGGGAGGCAUUCUGGGUGACAAGAUGGGACUUGGCAAGACCGUUUGCGCCUUGGUGAACAUGGUUCUUGCAAAGAGGUUUUCCUGCCCCGACGAGCCGAAGACCAAUCUCGUAGUUGUUCUCACAACGUUGCGAGACCAAUGGAUGAAUGAGGCGGCCAUGCACACCGUCGAAUCAACUUCAGACAAUCCUGCGGGUCUUGGUCAAAUUCAUGCCUUCAAUCCCAAGACUGGUUUUGAUACUGAGAUGCGACAAUUUCGAAAGGCUGAUGUGGUUUUUAUCACAUACCCAGAGCUCUGCAGCGCAUCCAAGAAUGUCAGAUAUCCACCCGAUCUGUCUGACGAGGAAAAAGAUGAGUACUUUGAAGAACACAUUCGACCAGGACUCCCGGCAAUAUUUCAAUACAAAUUUCGUGCUGUCUAUCUUGAUGAAGGGCAUCAGAUUCGUAACGGUAACACAGGAGCCGCAAUGGCAUGCCAAAAGCUCAUGAGUGAAUUCCGUUGGGUCCUUACCGGCACACCUAUGACCAACGAUCCGGCAGAUCUACAUUCUGUUUUCAAGUUCAUUCGCCAUCCCAAGGUUUUCAAGCUCACCCUCAAAGAGUUCAACGUUUAUUACAGAGGCAGCGGCUCGAAGCGCGGAACGACACUCGUAUUUGAAUCCACGAGAUCUUGGACAUACGAAGACGAACUAUUCGGUCAUAUGUUGACUAAUAUACCGAAACCAAUGUUUUUCGAUCUGUGCAAAGAUCUUUCGGUGCCAGAAAGAAUCAUAUACUCGACCGUGCGUCAACGCCUGGAGCAGCUUGCGGUGGAUAGAUCCAAAGAUCCCAACGCUACUAAGGCGCACAAAUUUGUUGAUGGACUGCUCAUGCGUUUGAGACAGAUGACAGGUCAUGUGCUUCUGAUCUACCCUGCCAUUUUCAGACAGCUGACAGAUGAGGACGUGGAUACUAUCGACAGAACGAUAUGCGAAUACGCUAAACAGACCCCGGACCCACACGCAAAUGACUACAUUGAAGCUGUACGUGAGCUCCAGAAAGGCAACGCUUGUGUGGCAUGCGAGCUACGAGCAUAUGAUCUCCAAUGGGCAGCAUGCGGCCAUGCUUAUUGCCAUGACUGUCUUGGAGAUGAAGAGGAUUACUUCGCAGAGAAAGACAAAAGAUGCAGCCUUUGUCAGCGCCCUGUCUAUCCACUAGUCGACGAAGCCGAGCACGAAAAGAACGAGAAGCCAAGGUGGCUGAACAAGAGCGGUAAAGUCAUUCCCUCGACCAAAUCUGCCGAAGUUGUCAACUUGAUCAAAACUUGGCGGGAUCCCAUAACCGGAGAUCCCAGUGCCAAAGUUGUUGUUUUCACCACGUUCAAGGAUGCGCUCAAGCUUUUAGCAGAUACUUUCAAAGAACAGAAGUGGAGAUUCAGUAUGCUGAGAGCAGACAUGAAACCUCACGAGAGAACGGCAAGUAUGAAGAAAUUCAAUGAGGAUCCCAAAACCUUCAUCAUGCUGGCCACAAACGGAGUCGGAGGCGCUGGUUUGAAUAUGACGGCUGCAGGAUAUCUCAUCAACUAUGAUCAAUACUUCAACGAAUCAACGGAACUCCAAGCUAUCGGCAGAAUUGUCCGUAUGGGCCAAACGAGGCAAGCUACGAUAGUUUCUCUCACAGCCACGGGAACAGUUGACGAGCAUCUCAAAAACAUCAGAUGCCGAAAAACCAUAGUCAUCAAGAGAGUCGAGAAAGCAUCCAAGAGGAAGACCAUGGAGGCUCUUCUCAAACUGUUUGAAGAAACAAAGAACGACAGUGCUCUCUCAGAAUCGGAAUGGCAAGGAAUUGAACACGGAGAUGAUGUGCUUUGA